AUGGCUUACCUGUCCUGGCUUGGUUCAUUGCUCCUGGCCGUACUGCUGGUGGCAGCAACAGCGGCCGCACCCGCCCGCCUGCUGGCCGGGCUCACGUCGGGUCACGGAACUCUGGACCGCGAGGCACUGGGCGGCCUGUUAAAUACGCUAGCGGCCCGUGUGCACUGCACCUCGGGGCCGUGUGGAAAGUGCCUGUCCGUGGAGGAUGCUCUGGCCCUGGGCCGGCCUCAGAGGCCAGAGCUGCACCCGGAGCCCAUCCUGCGCGCCAGGGACAUCCCCCGCCUCAGCGCGGCCGCUGCCCUCUACCUCAGCGACCCCCAGGGAACUUGUGAGGACAUCCAGGCUGGGCGCUGGGGCUCCCAUGCCGACCUCCUCCUGGCCUCACUCCAAGGCCCUCAGGCCCUGACCCUUGGCCUAAGCAGACUCCUUCGGGGGAUGCAGGCCCAGGCGGGCACCAGGCACUCAGCGGAGGAGGCCUGUGUGGAAGUGCCUCAGCUGCUGGAGGAGGCCGUGGAGGCAGAAGGUCCUGGGGGUCCCGGCCUGGCCCUGGCUGCCCUCCUAGACCAUGUCCAGGGUGGUGCCUGCUUCCACGCCCUGCCCACCCCGCAGUACUUCGUGGAUUUUGUAUUCCGGCAGCAUACCAGUGAGGCCCCCAACAUCACGCUGUCUGAGCUGGCCACCUUGAUGCAGCACCUAGGGGUGGGUGGAGAGGCAGAGGCUCACGGAUUCCAGGAUCAUGAAGACCACAGUGGCCACAGCCACCUGGGCAGAGGGGCCAUGGGGAGCCACAACCACCAGGGCCCUGUGCCCCUUGCCACCCCCAACAGCAGCUCCAGCGUGUGGGACACGGUGUGCCUGAGCCCCGGGGACGUGAUGGCCGUGUAUGGGCUGUCAGAGGAGGCCGGGGUUGCCCCCGAGGCCUGGGCCCAACUCAGCCCUGCCCUGCUUCAGCAGCAGCUGAGCGGGGCCUGUAGCCCCCAACACAGGCUCUCCACCCAGGAUCAGCUCAGCCAGGUGGAGAAGUACCUGUACAGCUCGCUGGCCACACUGCUCAUCUGCCUGCUGUCGGUGCUGGGCCUUGCGCUGCUGGCCUGCACGGGCUGCCCUGUCAUCACCCACUACACCAUCCAGACCUUCCUCAGCAUGGCCGUGGGCGCGCUCACUGGUGACGCCCUCCUGCACCUGACGCCCCAGGUGCUGGGGCUGCACAGCCACGACGAGGAGGGUCUCAGUCUCCAGUCUACCUGGCGCCUCCUGGCUGUGCUUGGCGGCCUCUAUGCCUUCUUCCUGUUGGAGAACCUUUUCAACCUGCUGCUGCCCCAGAACCUGGAGGAUCUGGAGAAGGGCAGGUCCUGCAGCCAUGGCCACAGCCACAGCAUGUCCCUGCAGCUGAAGCCCAGCCAGCCUCAGCCUUCCAGACAGCCCCAGGAGGGCUCGCAGGCCGACCUGGUGGCCGUGGAAAGCCCAGACCUGCUGGGCCAGGAGCCUCGGAAACUGAACUCAAAUUUGCGCCUGCUGCCCUACGUGAUCACACUGGGCGAUGCCGUGCACAACUUCGCUGAUGGGCUGGCGGUAGGUGCCGCCUUCGCAUCCUCCUGGAGGGCUGGACUUGCCACCUCGCUGGCUGUGUUCUGCCACGAGCUGCCUCAUGAGCUGGGGGACUUUGCAGCCCUGCUGCAUGCGGGGCUGUCUGUGCGCCACGCGCUGCUGCUGAACCUGGCCUCAUCGCUCACGGCCUUUGCUGGCCUCUUUGUGGCGCUGGCAGCCGAUGUUGGUGAGGACAGCCAGGCCUGGAUCCUGGCGGUGGCCAUCGGCCUCUUCCUCUACGUGGCACUGUGCGACAUGCUUCCCGCCAUGCUGCACGUGCGAGACCAGAGGCCCUGGCUGCUCUUCUCCCUGCACAACUUGGGCCUGCUGGGUGGCUGGACCAUCCUGCUGCUGCUGGCCAUGUACGAGGACAGAAUCUCCCUCUGA